CAUUUGGCGCUGUGCUCUUUUUUUUUUUUUUUUAUCGUUUCCCGCUGUUGGAGUGCAGUGUGUUGCAUAACGCGAUUCCAUGUUGGCUUACCUUCGCAGACGUAGGAGGAAGUGGGGCGCAAUCUAGGCUUGAGGAGUUUCCUACCUUGGCUGAGUUGUCUCAGGGUUGCUGUGGAGUAUACAUCGCCUCACACGCAAUCAGCCCGUGAGGUUCAGCAGUCUUGGUUGUUGACUUGUUAGGUCGAUCGAUUUCACCUAAAGAGGGACGACCCCCCUCCGCCUUUCACCGCCAUCUCAGGAUUUGAUUUCGUUGUGGUGCCUGAUCCAUUUUGUUUUCGGUCAUACUGUGUUCGUUCAUGCGUUGCGCUGGAAGUGGUUUUCUUGAGCUUUGCAGAGAAAAUUGCUUAAGUCCGUGCAACAGACUCGGUGUUUUGUGUUUUACUAAAAGCAUUUAUACCAAAGUUUGGAUACACUAGAUCUAGAUCUACCUGAAGAGCCGUGUGCAUAGCCACUCGAUUGCAGUGUUAUCAGCACCUGUGUCCAGCGCUAUUCUAAACUUCUCUCAUUGAUAACACGCAGUUUACAAUGAGAGGUGCCUUACUACAGAUGUGCGUCCCGUGUGUCAACCAUCUGAUUGACGCCCUCGACCACGGCUUAGGCAAAGGAUAAACCACAACAGCUUCUAGAUCCAAGUCUUAAAAGAACAGAUCGUGACACCGCAAUAAUUAUUCAACCUUAGGGUCAGUGUGGAGCGGACAUUGUGUGCUAAAAAAAAAAAUUGUUUAAAGGGGAGACAAGAUAAAUUUCUUUCAAGAGAAUGGAGCGGGAUGGUGUGUGUGAUAGUGAGCGCCCGGGGGCGGACGGCAGGCAUGGGCUGUAACGCCGGGCUGCUCACGUCCCCCUGCGCAGACACGGACUAUGCAUUACUCCUCCACGCUGGCCGCUCACCGCUGGGGGGUGGGGCUGUGGCCUCGGUGAGUGACCCCGUCAAGGCCUCCCCCAUCCUCGCCUCCGUCAUGUGUUCGUGCCUGAGGAGCCUCGUUCGCUCGUGCCUUGUUCCUGACGAUGCCAGGCGCUCAGACUCUGAGGAUCUCAGCGGUUUCGCCUUAAUCCAGUCUGAACUAGUAGAGGCCAACAUGGCUGAAGGGAACGACUUUCAAGGUCGACAAAGAUCGUCUUCCGGCUCUACGGCGCUGAAAGGUUUUCUGGUAGGCAAGUCUAAAAAUAGAAACAAGUCUUCAGAACGAGAAGAGCAGACGAAAGAAAAAGACAAGGAUAAAGACAAGAAGAAAGGAUUCUUCGAAACGCUCCGGCCCCGCUCCAAAUCAGACGUUUCCGGCCUGAAAAAGCCGAUUGUGAAAAAACCCGGCAUUCAGACUGAGCACUCUGUGGAUGAGUCUAUUUUGGCGCCAACGUCUAACCACACCAAAGGUUACAGCGGCUCUCAGGAGCUGCUCACCCCCAUGGGACAGAUUUUGGAAGGGCAAAUGUUAAAUUUUCCAGAAGAGGAGAGGUCGCGGCACAAGUCUGGCCCCUCAGUGGUCAGGGACGUUGGCUUUAUGAGUAAGUUCAGGGCCAGAUCCAAUUCCGACUCCAAGCCAAUGAAAACACACAGAAAUCAGCUACAAACACAGCUUUCUGUCCUUCGCCAGAAAAGUUUGAGUCCACCCAGCAGUCCCCGGACAGCGGACAGACUCGGACUGUCUCCAUUACGGUUACAGAGUGGGGAGCCAAGGUCAGCACCACCUGGAAUCCACAGGGGCUCGUUUGGUGGUGAGCAUACUCAUGCCAUGAUCUACAAGACUGACCUUCAGCACAGAUUCAGUGUUGAUUCAGAGCGAAUGGAAAUAGAAGAUUUAGAUGAGAAUGAAGAGCAAGUCUAUGCCAAGUUUAUGAGAGCUCACAAGUGUUACGAUCUUAUCCCAACCAGUGCCAAACUAGUGAUAUUUGAUACAGAAUUGAAUGUGAAGAAAGCCUUUUUUGCAUUAGUUUACAAUGGUGUCAGGGCAGCACCUUUGUGGGAGAGCUGCAAACAAGAUUAUGUAGGAAUGCUGACCAUCACAGACUUUAUCAACAUUUUAAAAAUGUAUUACAAAUCUCCUGAUGUUCGAAUGGAUGAAUUGGAAGACCAUAAAAUUUCCGACUGGAGAGAGGUUCUCAAAGACAAAUGCAAGCCGUUUGUGUUUAUCCACCCCGAUGCAAGUUUGUAUGAUGCUGUGAAGACAUUGAUUGAGAGCCAUGUGCACAGAUUGCCAGUCAUUGAAGAGAGUACUGGCAAUGCUAUUUAUAUCCUGACACACAAGCGCAUUCUUAGAUUCCUUCACCUUUAUAUUAAAGAACUCCCUCAGCCAUCGUUCAUGAAGAAGUCAAUCAAGGAACUGGGAAUAGGAACUUUUGAGAAUGUGAUCACAGCAGCACCAGAAACUCCAAUCAUCAGGGCAUUACACUUGUUUGUGGAUCACAGAAUAUCAGCAUUACCUGUAGUGGACAGUACUGGACAGGUGGUCAACAUCUAUGCCAAGUUUGAUGUCAUUAACCUGGCAGCUGAUAAAAGUUACAACAAUCUGGACAUCCCUCUGAGUGAGGCUUUGAAAAACAGACAGCACAAUGAGAAUGAGGUUGUGGCUACAUGUCAUGUGGAGGAAUUAUUGUCUAGUGUCAUGGAGAAAAUUGUGAAAGCAGAAGUCCAUCGUCUAGUUGUCUGUGAUGAGAGUGGUGGAGUAGUGGGCAUUGUCUCCCUCUCAGAUUUACUCAAGUAUAUUGUGCUUAGGCCCAUGGCUGAUGAGUUUGCCAAAAUCCCAGUAGCUGCAAUUGAAACGGAUUCUGUGAUCAGUGAGACAACCCCCCUGACUUCCUGAUGGACUAUUUCUCAAGGAUUGUGGACAUGAACUUUUUUUUUUGUUUUUCUGAUGGAGCAUGUUUUCACGGAGAUAUGACUCUGAAACCAAAAAGUUGAUUUCUAUGUACGCUGGAGCGAAAUGAACUAGUUUUGUCUGCAGAGUGACUUGUUCAUUGCAGCAGAAAGUUGUUCACUGGAGAUUGAGUAGGUCACAGAGAAAGGCUUGAAGGGAACGGCUAGUUUGGUUAGUUGUGAAACUGAACUGAAUUUCUACUUGAAUUUCUGAUAUGCAAAGAACACUGUUGUAGUCUGUCUUGUUGUAGUCUGUCUUGUCCUUUGGAUUUAUACUGUCUUGUCCUGUUGAAAUGUUCAUGUUUUUAGUGUAGGAUUAUAAAUAUAUAUAUAUAUAUAAUUUGUUCAGGUUGUGUCUUUAAGAAGAUGAACUCUGACCCAGUUAAAUCAACAGAUAACUAUUAGAAUGCUGGCUGUUGGACUUGUAGAUAUGAAUACUUUUCAAUGGAUGCCACUGUCACUGACUGAAAUAAAGGCAAGAAAUUUGUUGAGGCACCUGUUAAAGCAAUAUCAUUAGGCCAGUCACAGUGUUUCACUUUUUUUUUUCUUCAUCUAUAGACUCAGAUUUUGUUUUUUUUUUAAAUCAGAUUUUGUUAAUUACCAUGUUAUUGUCCAAUGUCAACUUAAAGAAACAAAACUUUCUACUGUUUCUACAAAAUGAUUUAAUCUAAAAUCUAUUUUUAUACAUUUUAAAAAGUUAUUGUUAAUUUUUCACACACUGGAAAUUAAAUUUUUGUUCAAACCAUCUUGUGAGAUAUUUUAUUUAACUGUAACUCCUGGUGGAUGAUUGGGCUGAAGGCAUGUAUUCAAACAGCUGUGUGUGUAUGUUGGACAGGGCAUCAAUGAAGCACUGGUUUCAUCCAGUAGUGGCAGGUGUAUUUUUUUAUUUUUUUUUAUUUUAUGUCUUUCAUUACACAUUGUAACAAAAGUUUAACAAAGAAUUGUCCUCAUCAGUUUGACUUCAAUAUUUUUUUUACAUUGAAAACUAACUUGAUAUUGUGUGCUGUAUAAAUAGUGUGGGAGAAGUAGUAGGGAUGUGAAACUUGAAUGUCAGUGCCUUGUAUGUGUGUGUGGUUGUUGCUUUAGUUAUGAGCGUUUGAGUGAAUUGGGCAGUUGAUGGACUGCCUCUGCCAUCAUGGGCAGCUGUAUGUGUUGAAUAUUAUCCUUCUGUUUCAGUUUAUGUCACAUUAACCCAGAGUCUCAGAGCCUGUCAGUGUAUCUGAUGUAGAUGUCAUCUGUAGAGGUCUAUCUGAUGUAGGUCUAGCACUUGAUCAACUCUAUAGACUUUUUUUUUGUUUUUGUUGUACAGAGACAAUUUGAGUGAAACUAAAAGUUAUUAAAGAAAAUAGCAAAUGA